AAGAGGGCAGAGCGCGCGACCCGCGUGGAACUCAAAAAAAAAAAAAGCAGCUCGCGAGCUGUAACGUUACGUUGGAACGUAGUAAGCUGGUUUUGCAGCCGUCACAGAACGUUGGGAGCCGAACCGAAGCGUCUGUAAUCUGAGAGAUGACGGAGAGUUAUCUACCAGCUGGAUUACAUCAGUCUCUCCUGAUUAGCGUUCGGUGUCGGGGCUUAGCGUGGGCUGUUGGCGUUCACAGAAUUAAGUCACCUGUCUGUGUCCUGCAUGCAGUGAAUUCUGGACUGAGACCAAAACCUUGAACUGCACAUCUCCAGCUAAAGCAAUAAACAAACCCGCGUUACGCAGACAGACCUGCCAAGCGAAACGCGAGCUGUGCUUGGGGACGGCUCAUUGAUUAGAGCGGCGGGCGCUCGAGUUAGCAGCACCUUCGGCUUCUCGGGAUUGAUGUCUUGGUGGUGAGCAGGACAAGUUGACCCUUGAGGUCCAGAACACCUCACGUCCCUCUGUAAGGCCGUGGGGAGGUGGAGGAGGACACAGCUGCUGAUAGUAGGAUUUGCAGGUGUAAGGUGCAGUGGGGGGCUGAGAGGCAAGCGCAUGAGGAGGGGGUAUCCUGAGACCCCUGUCCCCACACACAGCGCUUGCACGAACACAGCGUAGCUAAAGGGAGACACAGCCACCAGCCUGCCAGCAGCCAUGAGGUCCAUCCGCUCAUUCGGAAAUGAUGACCGUCACGUGAUGGCCAAACACUCCACCAUCUACCCGUCCUCCGAGGAGCUGGAGGCUGUACAGAGUCUUGUCUCCACUGUCGAGUGUGCCCUCAAACAUGUCUCUGAUUGGCUGGACCAGUCCCAAGGCGGCCAGCCGAACCCAACCAGCACCCAAGAGGAGGAGGCGGAGGCCAGCGCUGACGAAUCAGCAGAAGGAAGCACCAAUGAAGGCAGUAGCAGCAGCAGUAGUGCUGACGGAGGCAGAGUUCUGUGUGGAGUGGUGCGGAUUGGCCUGGUGGCUAAAGGGCUGCUAAUAAAAGACGAUAUGGAUCUGGAGCUGGUGCUCAUGUGCAGAGAGAAACCCACACAGACGCUGCUGAGCACUGUCUGUGACAACUUACCCCAGCAGAUUGAGAAGCUGACGGAGGAGAAGUACGAGGUGCAGUGCUCUAUCCCCGAGGCAGCCAUCCUGGUUCGCAGCACAACAGAACCCAAACUCACACUGAAGGUCACACUCACCUCUCCACAGAUGAGAGAGGACAGCGAGACAGGAGAACAAGAGAGCGCUGAGGCGAGCGAGCCGACGGACCUGCUGGAUAGACAGAGGUGCCUGGUGGCGCUGGCCUCUCUGCGACAUGCUAAAUGGUUCCAGGCAAGAGUAAACGGCUUAAAAUCAGGCGUCAUCGUUUUACGGAUUCUAAGGGACAAGUGCAAUAGAGUACCUGCAUGGGAGCCUCUUAAAGGAUGGCCCCUGGAGCUACUGUGUGAGAAGGCUAUUGCUACGUGUAACCGGCCGCUAGGUGCAGGAGAGGCUUUGCGCAGAGUCAUGGAGUGCUUGGCCUCUGGGAUAUUACUGCCAGGUGGACCAGGCCUGCAUGACCCAUGUGAAAAGGAGCCGACGGACACGUUGGCGACCAUGACGGACGAGGAGGCGGAGGCCAUCACAUACAGUGCACAGCAUUAUCUCCGGCUCAUGGCCUUUGGGCAGAUCUACAAGGUUUUAGAGAUGGAUCCACUCCCCUCCAGCAAACCCUCACAGAAAUACCCCUGGUCAGACAAAGAAGGUACAGGGCUAAAAAGGCCCUAUGAAGAUGGCCUGAUGGAUGACAAAGACCUCAUCAAAAAGAUGAAACGCAACUUGAGAAAAGUCCUAGACAGUAAAGCAAUAGACUCCAACCAGCCCAUGAAUGCUCUGAUGCGGCUGAACCAGAUCCGUCCGGGACUGCAGUAUAAGCUGCUGUCUCAGUCCGGUCCGGUUCAUGCCCCAGUCUUUACCAUGUCCGUGGACGUGGAUGGCACUAUCUACGAAGCCUCGGGCUCUUCCAAGAAGACGGCCAAGCUGCACGUGGCUGUUAAGGUGCUGCAGGCCAUGGGCUACCCCACAGGCUUCGACACGGACCUGGACUCUAUGAGUGCUGAUGAGAAGUCAGACAGUGAAGGGAAGAGCGAGACAUCUACACACUCAAGCAAUAACACACCACACUCCACAGACAGCUCCAACACACUGGAGGUGCGAACUCAGGGUCCUAUUCUGACGGCAAGCGGUAAGAACCCAGUGAUGGAGCUGAAUGAAAAGCGGCGAGGUCUCAAAUACGAGCUGAUCUCCGAGAGCGGUGGCAGCCAUGACAAACGCUUCGUCAUGGAGGUGGAGGUUGAUGGGCAGAAGUUCCGUGGAGCAGGGCCCAAUAAGAAAGUAGCCAAAGCCAGCGCUGCCCUUGCUGCACUGGAGAAACUAUUUUCUGGGCCAAAUGCUGCCGGCAACAAAAAGAAAAAAAUCAUCCCUCAGAGUAAAGGAGUGAUCGCUGCAGCCGCUGCUGCCACUGCUGUGGCGGUUCAGGCAGCUCGAGGAAGAGGAAGAGCCGCACUCACGCGAGGAGCAUUCGUUAGUGCCGCUGCUCCGGGAUACGUCACACCAGGUUUUGGAAGCCCGUAUGGUUACGGUGCUGCUGCUGCUGCUCCUGCAUACGGUUUGCCCAAGAGAAUGCUUCUGUUGCCCGUCAUGAAAGUGCCCGCCUACCCAAUCCCCCACUACUCCUUCUUUUAGCUCAGGAGAUUCACCAAAACACAAACACACACACACACGACUUUUAAUUCAGAAGGGAAUGUUAGACAGAAUGUCCGAGUAUAACCCCAUUGAGAGCUAUAAGGACUUUAAGUGGAGGUUUAUUUGUAAAGCAUUUUUAAUUUAGUUUAUUUUAUUUUUGACCUCUUUGUUUUCUGACUUAAAAAAUGCAGGUUUUUAAGUUCUUAAAGAAGAAGAAGAAAAAAGACUUGAACGAUUUGUACUGUGAAUUGUUACCUCAUUCGUGGAAUUUUAAAUUAUACCAACUUUUUUUCUUUUCUUUCUUUUUUUAAAUUGUGGUUGUUUUUUCUAUUAGAAAGGAUUGAGGCUAUGUGAUUGGACACAGGCAUCUUUUUAAAGAUGGCAGAAGCUAUGGGAUGUAUAGGUCUAAUUGAAACUACUGCUGACGAAUAAACCUUUAUCUUCCUCAACUGCCAAGCGUUGACUGGUGUGUACACGCUAAGCCCAUAGAGACUCACACCUGCGUAGGUAUUUAUUUAUGUGGAGCUAUAAGCUGUCAUGUGAUUUCACAGGCUUCUGCAUAAACUAAAGUUUGUUGUUACUUUGCCUGGAGGAGUGUAGAUUUCAGACAUUAGUGCCGGCUUUAUUUUUCAUGCCUUUGGCUGCUAAGUGAAGCCUAUAGCUAGGAGUGUAAAACCUUCAUUCAGUCCUUCGUCACUCAAACCCUGGUCCCCUAAGGAUGCAUGAUGAAAACUGCUGCAUUCUAUGGACAGUGAACGAGAUAUGAUCCAACUGUUGGCCAUGUACGCUCAAUAUUUGCCAUUCAUAUAUAGGAUGCAGUUAAAUGCAGCUGAAUAGGUAGAAUCCUUUAACAGGUAAUAGUCUCUUGAAAACACACACAAAUACAGGACAACAGAAACAUGUCAUACCCAAAGAGCCUUCACACUGCAACACAUCUGGAGCCUCCAGUCACAGCCACACAUCGGAGAAUCGAAAGCAGCAACAUGGGAUCCAUGGAGAUAUGCUACUUAAUUGUCUUAUGUCCUUUGUUUUUUUUCUUUUGGUGUUUGUUUUUUCCUUCUUGGUGAGCGUCUUAGCGUGUGAGCUGUAAGUUCUUCCUAGUCCACAGGCCAGCACAAGCAACUGCACAAGUUGGCCCAUGUCCUCACUGUCCUUCCAGCUUUCUUGGCCAAAUUAGUGGCCAGCUAACUAUGUUUUCACCUUGAAAGGAAGCUUGUACCUUGAGGGAGGGAGAAAAAGCGUGUUUUCCUCUGAUGACAACAUUGUAACGUACUGCAGCCUCUGUAAUAGGCUAUUUACCAAAGACAGUUUUCAAUAACUGAGCUGUAGUCUGACCUUGAUCUUGUCCUUGGUUGUAGUAGGUAUUGUGCCAUUUUCUAUAAAUUGAGGUAGACAGGGGCCAUUGCAGAUUGAGCUGCUGUCGUGCGAUUGGCUUAAACCCAAUCAGAAGGU